AGAAAUUGAACUGAUUGGUUGAAAGUGAACUGUUUGUUGAAAUACCAUAUUUUUGGGUGGAAAAAUUGACGUAAUUUUCUUUUGUUUAACAAAUCAAUUUCAUUCCUUUUUGUCUAUAAAAUACUGCGUUUCAAUUUUGGGUUGAUAUCCGAUACAAAGUGAGCCCAGCUUUUUUCAGCGUUCUUAUUUUCUUUUUAUGAUUGUUAACAAAUUAAUCGAAACCUGAUGAAAAAAAGGGGAAAUGGGUUCAAAUUCUCGAUUUUUGUGUUUCAGGGGAUUUUUAAAAUUUUAGCGGGAAAAAGGGGAUAGGGGAAAAAAGAGGACCGAGUGUGAUCCCUGGAAACACGGUCCUGGUGGUUGGUGGCAGCGGUGGCGGUGGUCUCAUCGGGUUCGCCGGGUCGGGGGCAGAUCGUCCUCUUCUCCACUCUGCCCCUUUGGAGCAAGAGUGGUAGCCUUAGGUUUAGAUCAGAGCCAGAGAGGCGCGCAUUCUCCGACCGGAUACGACGUCCCGUGGUUGACAGUAGGUCGUCGCGACUUCGGAAAGUCAACACGACCCUUCCUCGGCGAUUCUCAUCACCUGAAGAAAUUUCACCCCUAAUUUUCCCCUAGCACAAUUCAAAAGACAUUACAGAAGACUAAAAAAAACCUCAAUAAAAAAAUCUACAAAGACUUCAAGUCCAGUUUGUGAAAAUAUUACCUGGAUCUUCUCAACUUUAUUAUUGUUCAUAAAGUGGUGAUUGUGAAUAUCAAGUACGAGUACAAAGUGUGAACUGAUUAGAAUUUUCGAGGAUAUCAUGAAAAUAAAUUGAGUAAUUUUAAUAAAAUAUUAGUGAAAUACAAAUUAUUGGGUUUGAUUUAAAAUGUUGAGGAACUGAUUAUUAUUAAGUAUUACAAUAAAGUGAAAAUGUGACAUAGAUAUUAUUUUGUAAUUGAUAAACGUUAAUGUCAAGAUACGUGCAAUGAUCCUUUGGAAUCGACAUUUGAAACUUCAUUGUUCGUGGCUACGAUGUCAUCAGUACGUGAAAAUGAAGCAUUACAAGACAGUGAUCGUUAAUGUUCUCAAUGGACUUUCGACUUUGCCGCUCUUUAAACAGGCUUCAUAAUUCUUCGCUUUGUGCAGCGACAUGCUUGAAAAAAACUAAAUGUACGGAUAGAAACUGAAAGGAUUCCACCAAGAUGUUGAUAAAGGAAUAUCGAAUACCUCUACCCUUGACGGUGGAGGAAUAUCGGAUUGCUCAGCUCUAUAUGAUAGCGAAAAAAUCGAGGGAAGAGAGUAAAGGAGCCGGCAGUGGAGUUGAAAUCAUCCAGAACGAACCCUAUGAUGAUGGUCCGGGUGGAAGUGGGCAAUAUACUCACAAAAUUUAUCACGUUGGGAGUCAUCUUCCAGGGUGGUUUAAAAGUUUGCUUCCAAAAUCAGCAUUGACAGUCAAAGAGGAAGCAUGGAAUGCUUAUCCUUAUACCAAAACUAGAUAUACUUGUCCAUUUGUAGAGAAGUUCUCGUUAGAAAUUGAAACCUAUUACUAUCCUGACAAUGGACAUCAAGAAAACGUUUUCAAGCUCAGCGGAAGUGACCUGAGGAAUAGAAUUGUCGAUGUUAUUGACGUAGUAAAAGAUCAACUUUAUGGAGCUGAUUACGUAAAAGAGGAGGAUCCAAAGUGGUACAUAUCCGAAAAGACUGCAAGAGGUAAACUAUCUGACGCAUGGCUAGAAGACUAUUGGGCCGAUGUAAAAGGCAAAUCACAGCCAACAGCAUCAGGAAAAUCUCUGAUGUGUGCUUACAAAUUAUGUCGAGUGGAGUUUCGUUACUGGGGAAUGCAAACGAAGUUAGAAAAAUUCAUCCAUGAUGUGGCUCUGAGGAAGACCAUGCUCAGAGCCCAUCGUCAAGCCUGGGCUUGGCAGGACGAAUGGUUUGGACUGACAAUGGAGGACAUUCGAGAGAUUGAAAAACAAACUCAACUUGCCCUCCAGAAAAAAAUGACGAUCACCGAUGGUUGUGAGGACGACGCAGAUGAUGAGGAAACGCUUGGGAAUUCCAAUUCCGUUUCGACGCCCCAGGAUUCCAACGUUGCCAAGACGUUGGCUGCAACUUUGGGAAGUAUUGAGAAAAGCGAGGAUCCUCAGAGUCCUCCUUCGCUCAGAAAAACGUCCGAAAUUCCGAUUAUUCAUACGGCUAUGAGUUCAGGCGAAGCUUCUCCUGAAGAUUCACCUACCGAAAUGUCUGCUCUUAGAUCCAGCCGAGCAAAAGUGGAAGCCGAAAAAUCAUGGAUGAAAUCAACAGCAUCUCUGCCUUCACCAACUUCGGCAAAGAACUUUGAUAUGCAGAUAGCGAAUUGGAGAAUGGAGAGUAUCGUCAGAGAAUCGGAAUCUGGGAGUGAUGAUGAAUUUUUCGACUGUCAAGCUGGGUUCGUUAUUCCUACUAUACGCAAAGACGACUUGGGGGAUAACUCGUCAUUAUGUAAAUGGAGUUCUUUGGAUCUUCUAGCUGAAGUUGAUGAUUCCACUUCUCCGACAGCGACGGCGUCCAGUAAACAAGAAGAUUCGAUAUUUUCAACAUCCUAUCUUCAACGAGUGGCGAGUGAGCGAAGCAGUAAAAGGUUGCAUAUUCGAGCAUCUGUAUCUGUCGACGCAUCGUGUGUGUCAUCUCCUCAGCAAUCUCCAACACAUCACUCUUGUAGAACAACAGUUCUGUUGAUUGUGAUGCAUGCUGGUAGUGUUUUAGAUGCAAAUGUCGAUUUGCCUACGAAAAAAUCAGAUAUAACGACCUUUAGAGGAGCCUUCGAAUCUGUGAUGAGACAACAUUAUCCCAACAUGGUUGGACACAUAGAUAUAAGAUUCGUCGCCUGUCCAUCGAUAUGUAGCGAAGCUCUUGGAAUCCUUUCAAUUCUGAGUCCAUACAGUUUCGACAUUUCACCUUCGUGUAUGGACACAACACAAGUGACACACGACACCAUCCCCAUUGGAGCAAUUCCCCUCCUAGCAAGUUCAAGUUCCGACUACCAAGACUCUGUGUCUAAAGUGAUAACCGUCGCAAACCAAAUUUACCACGACUUCAUCAAAAGUGAAGAGGGCAGAGGCUUUUGUGGUCAAAUUUGUUUUAUAGCUGAUUCCGUGGGAUCGAUUGUAGCCUAUGAUGCCCUGUGCAGGACUACCCAGUACCAGUCCAGAAAUGGGAGUGAAAAUAGUAUUUUAGAAACUGACAUUCAAGGGUUAGAUAAUAACGCAGGUGUCGAAGACGGCAGACACUUAUCGGCUCCUUCUCCAAGAAGGAGAUCUUCGUCCACGAGCGAUCAUUCCCAGCAGUGUAAAUUAGAGUUCGAAGUAAGCGAAUUUUUCAUGUUCGGAAGUCCUUUGGCACUUGUGUUAGCUUACAGGAAAAUAUCCUCUAAUGAGGAUAAAAAUAGUAAUAUUCCGAGGCCAGCCGUUAAUCAAGUGUACAAUAUGUUCCAUCCGACCGAUCCAGUAGCUGCCAGAUUAGAACCUUUAAUUUCGGCGAGGUUCUCCGGUCUGCCACCUGUUAACGUAGCAAGAUAUCAAAAAUACCCGCUUGGGAACGGACAACCUUAUCAUUUACUGGAGGCAAUUCAGUCUAAUCCGCAUUUCUUCAAUGAAGGUCUGAAUGUCCCCAAUGCGACCUUUUCCACAAUGAGGAGGCUCUCAGAUAUUUCUAUCCAGAGCACCAUGUCAGGAAUGAUUGAUGCCGUUCCAUUACAAGCUGUUUCUGCUCUGACGCAAAAAUGGUGGGGAACGAAGAGGAUAGACUACGCUUUAUAUUGUCCCGAAGGUCUCGCCAAUUUCCCCGCGAACGCGUUACCUCAUCUUCUGCACGCGAGUUACUGGGAAUCUUCUGACGUUAUUGCAUUUAUUUUGAGACAGCUGGGCAGGUUUGACCUGCCUCUACUUUCUAAUGAAGAAAAAGAGCUCACUAGCUUCCGUCCUGGCCAACCGAGAGAAAAAUGGAACAAGAAACGUACUUCUGUUAAAUUAAAAAGUGUGGCGGCUAAUCAUCGUGCGAAUGAUGUUAUCGUAAGAGAGGGAGCGCCACAAAUUCUAGUCGCUAGAUUUAUGUAUAGUCCAAUAGACGUUAUAGCACUCACAGGCGAAAAAGUCGAUAUUCAUAUCAUGAAGGAUGCACCGGCUGGAGAGUGGACUUAUCUUUCCACCGAGGUCACUGAUAAGAGUGGAAAAAUUGUCUAUAGGAUCCCGGAUGAGCAGGCUGUGGGUUAUGGACUUUAUCCUGUAAAAAUGGUAGUUAGGGGUGAUCACACGUCCGUAGACUUUUUCAUGACCGUGGUACCACCUAGAACGGAGUGUGUCGUCUUUAGUAUCGAUGGAUCCUUUACUGCCAGUGUUUCCGUAAGUGGCAGAGAUCCUAAAGUUAGACCAGGCGCUGUCGACGUAGUAAGGCACUGGCAAGAACUGGGUUACCUAAUAAUUUAUAUAACAGCGAGGCCAGAUAUGCAACAGCAAAUUGUGCUCUCUUGGCUUUCGCAACACAAUUUUCCUCACGGACUUGUUUCCUUCGCUGAAGGAAUCAAUAAGGACCCUCUUCGCCACAAGGCUGCGUAUUUGAAUAAUCUUGUACAGGAACACGGAGUGAUUAUUCAUCAGGCUUAUGGCAGCUGUAAGGACAUAAGUGUCUAUACCUCGAUAAAUCUAAAACCAAAUCAAAUCUUCAUUGUCGGCAAAGUACCAAAGAAGCAGCAAGCUUUAGCCACGGUUCUCAGCGAAGGCUACGCUGCUCACUUGAGUACUCUUCAAGCUCACGGUGGCUCUCGACCUGCUCAGGGAAAUGCCCGAAUGGUUAUUCCCAGAGCACAAUUUGGACUUCCGGGUCAAAAUUCUUCGCUACGACGGAGAAGUUCUUUUAGGACUCCAAGAAGAACACCUCUUGGUCGCAGGGUCCUAGAGCGUAGUACAAGCGUGGGUCCUUCGACAUCAUCUUCUCAGAGAACGCCACCACCGAAGACACCAGCUCAAGAAAAACUCUGACGAUUUGCGCGCUGUCGCUCAUUCUUUGAGUCUCAUGAAUAGAGGCUAGAAAAAAAAACCAUCAGUGAUGCUGGAUAGUCCACUAGCUUAAUGCGCUCUAAAUUCUAAAAUCUAAAAUUUAAAGAAUCUAAAGUCUACAUCAAUAUCGGUCAUUCCAGCACAGAAGAAACUGGGCUUAAGAAACUGAUGCAACUGUGAAGUUAGCUGAGGAGUGCAGCUCGGUUCUCAAAUGCGGAGAACCUUCGGCUCGGCAGAGAGAGGGGCCGCGAAGCAACUUGCGUCCCUAGCAUGCGUGCGCACGCUUGCUGCUGGUCUAUCUGGAGUUCUCUGCAUUUGAGAGCCGAGCUGUGCUCGUCGGCUAACUUCACAGUGGCUCUAAUCCGCUCCUUGAUAAUUAUGUCUCCUUCCAUAAUUCUGCGUGGAGUUUUACGUGGAUAUCAACGUAGUUUCCUUCACACACAUGGAAUUCCACUUGUUUUUUUUUCUACUGGGCGUUACCGACGCGUUACGAAAAAAGUAACUAGUUAUCGUUAGCGUUUCAAAGUGUAACUUUUUCAAAUUUACUUUUGCUAGAAAGUAACUAUCGUUUCCAUUUUUAGUUACUCUCGUAACUAAAAACGGAAAUUUGUAUUACUUUAAUAUAUUUAGUAACUUUUUUAUCAUGAAGUCCCUAUAGUUACUUUUUAAAAUAAGAAUAUCAUUUUAGUUACUUCUUUUACUAAAUUAAAACAGGGAACCCAAAAAUUUCUAAAUUCUCUUGAAAUCCACUUCAAUUAAUG